ACUCUAUCUGUUCCUUUUACCUACCUAGGUAGGUAGGUAGGUACCCCAUAUUUCGGUACGCUACCUUACAGCUAGAACUCCGAAUAUCAGAGGUUAGGUUCAUACAACUAUAAAAUGCUAUCAGAGUGUAGAACAAGGGCAAAUCUUUCGACUAAACACAAUUCAAUUAUACUUCUUUAUCUAGGUAGAUCGCGAAAGCAACAUCACAACAACAGCAGCAUUGUAUCUUGUCUGCAAAAUAUUAUCAUUGUCACCCCUUAGUAUAAAUACGACUAUCAGGUACGCAGCUCAGUGAACGAAUACGCUUGUUAAUUUACUUCAGCACACUCAUCUCCAAAGGAUACUUGGCAUAAUAAACAUCGUAGGCACUCCACGAAACCGGAAAAGGUAAGUGUAUCGGGUAAGCUUUUCGCACUUCCAACUAAGAAAAUCAUCCUUCUACACUAAAACCGAUCGUAAGUAUGAAGAGAGCUUACAAUUCCACGGCGCAGGCCAAUUCCACCAAUUCUACAGAGCCCCCCAAAUUCCCGCCAUGUGAGCAGGUAGCAUGUCCGGAGAUCGAGAUGACCGACUAUGAUUAUACCCAGGAAAACCAGGCUAACUACUCGGAGGAUGUAAGAAUGGUCGAUGUGCACUCCUUUCCCCAGCAGGUCCAGGGGCUAGAAAUGGGUGAGCCGUUUCUGAAAAGGGAUAACAAUACUAAACAGAAGUCGAAAUACACUAAUAUUAUGCUACACUCGGCUGAGACUCAAACCGAGCCUCCUUCAAGCUUCGAGGUUGGAGUAUUUGAGUUGUUGAGGGAGAAAAAGAUCUACUCCGUUACUUACGAGAAAGGCAAGCUUGAGGUUAACAUCGAGUAGCAUGGCUCACGUAGCGAUAUAUAGUUACUUCAGUAUUGGAGACCAUAAGUUUAGGUACCUGUAGGUAGGCAGUUAAGACAUCGGGUAAUGAUUUAACUGUAUAUUAUACUAUAGGUAGUUUAAGAGUGCAAUAUUCUUGAAUAUUGCACUCUUAGAUAGCCCGUAGCCAAACAUCUUAGUAGCUCAUACUCUACUAAAUAGCAAUUUUCAUAAUUUUCAUACUUAAUCAAAAAUAUUUUAAUAUAUU